AUGAUUGACUACAACCUUCUGCAGCAUCUAGGACCAACAUUUUCCACUUAUUAUUCGACUAAUGCCAACUCUACUCCAGAUAUAAUCUUAGCCAACAAACACACCUAUCACAAUGUUAUCAACUUAAUUCCCUUGUUUGAGGAGAUGCAGCCUCAGCUGGAGAGAAGGACAAGGUGUAGCCAGGCAUUACCAACUCACACCCAGGUUUUGCUGGCCCUGAGAUUGUUUGCCAGUGGUCCCUUACAAAAUGUCAUUGGAGAUACUGCAGGACCUACUCAAGCAAGUGUCAGUAGGGUCUUCGAGCAUGUGUGCACCAUGUUGAGUGAUAAGUUGGUGCAGGAAAUCAAGAUGCUUCCAACACACCUUGAUCAAAGGAGAACUGCACAGCAGUUCUUCAGAAUCAAAAAUUUUCCAAGGGUUAUUGGGACCAUUGAUGCCUCAAGUUUCUGUUAA